CUUCCGACUGAACUUGAAGAAGCAAUCAUUUUACCUGAAAAAGAUUUAGACGAUAUGACUAUUCAUCGAUUAGAAGAUGUACCCGCAGUUCAUCGUCAUCCUAUUACCAAUAGGAAAAAAACACCGAGUAAAUUUACUCAAUAUAGUUCUGAUGGCCAACUGCAUAAGAAAAGUAAACAGGUCUAUGAUCAUACGCCUCACGAGGUGUUUGUAGAGUUAGAAGAAUUAAAAGGAGCAGAAUGGAAGGAAACUGCACGUUGGAUUAAAUUUGAAGAAGAUCUUGAAGAACGUGCUGAUAGAUGGGGUAAACCGCAUGUUGCUACGCUAUCUUUUCAUAGUUUGUUGGAACUCCGAAGAUGCUUUGAAUACGGCACCGUACUACUUGAUCUUGAAAAGCAAGAUUUUCCAGAUAUCGUCAAUGCAAUCGUAAACGAUUUAGCGACCACUAAUCAGCUUUCAGCUUCUGAUCGAAACAGCCUUAUUGAAGUUUUGCAAUUAAAGCACUCUCAUCAUCACGAUCAUCAUAGCAGUUCAUUUUUCAAAUAUAUGGGUUCUGUAGCACACUUAGCUGGUGAUGAAGAAAAUGUAGCUGAAAAUGACUUACAUACUCCUAAGAAAGGUCACACUAAGAGGAACAGAUUCAACUGGCUACGUUCAUCAAGUCAUGAUAUUGAAGCUGCUCGUUCUACAACUGUAAGAGAGCACGAAUAUCAUGACAAAGAACUCUUAAAAAAAAUCCCAACUGGCUCAGAAGGCAUGACUGUUUUAGUUGGCUCUUUAGAUAUGCUUGAUUGUGCUGUUGUUGCUUUUGUUCGAUUGUCGACUGGCCACUUACUGGAUAAUAUGAUGCAAGUUCCAAUACCUGUUCGAUUUUUUUUUAUGCUGUUGGGCCCAAGUACAGAGUAUAUCGAUUAUCGAGAAGUUGGCCGUGCUAUUUCGACACUGAUGUCGAACAAGAUAUUCAAAGAAGCUGCUUAUAAGGCUAACUGUAGAGCCGACUUGUUACAAGGUGUUAAUUUCUUUCUGGACGGUAGCGUUGUUCUUCCACCUGGUGAAUGGGAUAAAGAUCUGUUAGAACCAGUUGUUAAAAGUAGACAAGUAAAAUCUGAAGAUGUCCCAGGUAUUUGCAAUGUUAAGGAAUUUGGAAGCAGCAGUUCAGACCUAGACCCUCUAAUGUAUACAAAAGAGUGUGGCAGCGGACUGCUACGUGACAUGCGUCGACGAUAUGCGCACUAUUUGAGCGACUACACGGAUGCAUUUAAUUUGCAAUGCCUUACAGCUUCUGUAUUUAUAUUCUUUGCUUGCAUGGCUCCCGCAAUUACAUUUGGAGCUAUUUUAGGAGAUUAUACUCAAGGAGUGAUUGGUGUUUCUGAGACGAUAGUCGCCACUUCCAUCUGUGGUAUUAUUUAUGCAGUUUUAGCUGGCCAACCGUUACUUAUUAUGGGAGCUACUGGCCCUAUCCUUGUUUUUGAAGAAGCGCUGUUCGAUUUUUGCCAACUAAACCACGUAGAUUUCUUGACCAUGCGUGUUUGGGUAGGCUUAUGGGUAUUUCUAAUUUUAUCUCUGGUCGUACUAUUGCAAGGAAGUUUUUUAAUACGAUACCUGACAAGAUUUACAGAAGAAAUAUUUGCGAGCUUGAUAUCAUUGAUUUUUAUAUAUGAAGCGAUUAAAAAUCUUUUGAAGAUUUACGCAACUGAUCCUGUUCUGUCGAACUACUGUAACGCAAGUUAUGUACCGAAGAAUUAUGCCGGCAGCUAUGCUAAUUAUACCUGCAUGGGAAAUUAUACCUUACUGGAUAUUGAUAAUAAUGGAACAACAAAGUGCAGUAAACCACACCCUAAUACGGCAUUGUUAUCAACUAUGUACUUUCUCGGUACAUUCGGCAUCAUUUAUGCGUGGAGAGUCUUUCGUAGGAGUAAAUUUCUUGGCACUUGGGCGCGACACAUGGUUUGUGAUCUUGGCAUCAUGAUUACUAUUAUUAUUAUGGUGCUUAUUAACGUCUACGGAGUUGGAAAUGUUGUUUACAUUAAAAGACUUGAUGUUAGGCCUGGCUUUUUAACCUUAUCACCUUAUCGCUAUAGUUGGUUGGUUAAUCCUUUUAAAAUAUCAAUUGGUUGGAUCUUUGCCGCUUUUAUUCCAGCUGCUCUUGUAAGUAUACUGCUAUUUAUGGAAAUUGAAGUUACGGAACUAUUAAUGAACAAGAAGAAUCUUAAAAUGAGAAAGGGCUCAGGCUUCCAUCUGGAUUUAAUGUUAAAUGGUCUUUGCGUUGGAAUUUUUUCAUUAUUUGGGUUACCGUGGAUGUGUUCAGCCACGGUUAGAUCUGCAUCGCACUUAAAAAGCCUGACAGUUUAUAGUAAAUGCUACGCGCCGGGCGAAAAACCCCAAGUUCUUUAUGUCAGGGAGCAAAGAUUAACUGCACUAUUGAUUCAUGUACUUAUGGGUAUUUCACUAUACUUUACACAAGUUAUUGAAGUCAUUCCCUAUGCAGUUAUACUUGGUGUGCUGUUGUAUAUGGGUAUUGCAUCUAUUACAGGAAUUCAGCUUUUUAAAAGAUUCAAAUUACUAUUUAUGCCGCUCAAGCAUCACAACGAAAUCUAUGUUAAAAAUGUGCCAACGCGUAAAAUUUAUUCUUAUACAUUAGUUCAAGUUUUCUUUCUAACCUUACUCUGGAUUGUUAAACUGACAGCAGCAGCUAUUGCGUUCCCAAUCUUAGUCCUAUUUUUAAUUCCUAUAAGAAAGGCAUUAGGAAGGUUUUAUACUGCCUCGGAAUUAGAAGCUGUAUGUACUGAAACAAAUAAAAUUAGCAAUGAUAAUGUUGAUCUUAAAAUAUAG